CCUCCUCUCUUGAAAACAAUAACGACCGUCAACAACAACAACGAAGAAAAAGAAGUAAUGAACCUUUUGCAAGAACAACAACAACUUCCUCAAAUAAGGAAAAACAAAGGAAAUCGGUUAAUAUUCAAAGCGGGAAGCAGGAUAUUGAGGAGUGCUUGAGACAACUUACAAGAGAAAAUGAAAUACAAAAAUCAAAGUUGGAGGAGCAGAUUCGAUUAAAUUCUGUAAGGAAAUAAGGCACUAAUACAGACAGACCCUUCUAUAAGAUACACCUCUAUUUAAGAUACGCUCUCUUAAUUGAGAGAUUAAACCCUCUAUUAAACAUAUACCUCAGUAUAAGAAACUUUUAUAAUCCUCGUUAUUAGAGACACACCAAGGGAGGUCUAUUAUAAUGAGGGUAAUUGUUGCAAAUCCUUCUUUGGCUAGCUCAUUAAAUUUCUCUAAUGAAAAUAAUUUCGGAUGUAUCCUUCCAACAAUUCCAAGUAAUUCCUCUUUAAACAACAAUGAAAUUCAAAAUUUUAUCGCUACAACUUCUAUAGCAACAGAAAUACCUUUAAUAUUUUCUUCUUCAACUCCAGAAACAUCAAACAACAACAGCAGCACAUUACAAAAAUCAGAACGCUCUGCUUUUUCUGUUAUUCGUGCUGGAAGUUUAGUGGGGAAUGAUAAACAAAAAGAAGCAUCACCCUCCCCUUCAACAGCUUCAAUCCCUCCCCAAUUACCUCCAAUUCCAUUAGAAUUGCAAUCCUCCCUAAAUCCUUAUAUUUCAACACUUUCAACUUCCCCCUUCUUUUUUCCUUUUCACAGCAACAGUCAACAAUUAGAAUUUAUCCGUUUGGCUUCUCAAUUAGUCCCUUUUUCUCUUUUUUCCCAAACACAACAACACCAACAAAUAUAUGAACAACAACAACACAACAACAAUUCAAUAGUCUCCUCAUCUUCAGAUCCACAACAAAAACUCUAUGAGCAGGCAAUCCUUAUGAGCAUUAAUCACCUCCCUUUGGAUCACCUCCCCAACUUUGAACGGCCAUAA